AUGACAUUGAAGUCCCUCAACCGCUGACACCAAAACGACACUCAGCCAACUUUGGACUCAUCUAGCGCAUUGAAAAUUGUGCAUUGGAGAGAGUUCUGAUUUUCUUCAUAAACUGUCACUUCAAUUCCAACUGAUUUCAACAGGGACUUUUAAAUUAGGCUAUAAGCUUCCUAACAAAACCGAGAAUGAAGGCCUUCAGUGUUGCAGUUGCAGUGGUGGUAGUCCUCGCAUGUAUGUGCAUCCUUGAAAGCACCGCUGUUCCUUUCUCUGAGGUGCGAACGGAGGAGGUUGGAAGCAUUGACAGUCCAGUUGGGGAACAUCAACAGCCGGGCAGCGAGUCCAUGCGUCCACCGGAGCUUUUCAGGUUCAAGCGUCAGAGCCACCUCUCCCUGUGCCGUUGGUGCUGCAACUGCUGUCACAACAAGGGCUGUGGCUUCUGCUGCAAAGCUAUAAGCCUUCUAACAAAACUGAGAAUGAAGGCCUUCAGUGUUGCAGUUGCAGUGGCGGUCGUCCUCGCAUGUAUGUAAAUCCUUGAAAGCACAGCUGUUCCUUUCUCCGAGGUGCAAACAGACGAGGUUGGAAGCAUUGGCAGUCCAGUUGGGGAACAUCAACAGCCGAGCGGCGAGUCCAUGCGUCCGCCGGAGCAUUUCAGGUUCAAGCGUCAGAGCCACCCCUCCCUGUGCCGUUGGUGCUGCAACUGCUGUCACAACAAGAGCUGUGGCUUCUGCUGCAAAUUCUGAGGACCUAAAGCCAGCUUAUUAACUUAUUGCCUUUAAUUUCCCCCCUAUUCUUCUACAUUUCUUUUGGACUCUGUGGAGAAGAUGCAAUCUCAUUGACGUCUUUCUCACUGCAGAACCUCAAUCUUGUACAUAAGUGUUUUGUAUCAUUUUGUAGAUAUAAAUGUAUAGCCUACUGACACAAGAAAAAUACAUAGCUAAUUGAAAUAAGUGGGGAUUUUUCCGUUGUUGUACAUUUUGUACAUUUGUACAUGUUUGCGAUGUUUUCAUUCUAAGAUUAAAUGAUUUGUUAAAUCA